AAACAAUAAUAUUAGUCCUUGCGAACUAGCAAAUACAAAUUUUUUGUCUUCACUUUUUCUGUUCGUUAUUAACAAACAGACAGAAUUCUAUUUAAUCCAAGGUAAAACGUGGCAUCUCCGAGAACCUGUGCGCUGUCCAGCACUAGUGCGCAUAACAGCACUGAGCGAACUAACAGCACGCAGUGGUUCGUUCCGUCGAGUACGACGAAAGGAAAACACGUCCACGUACGUUCUGAAAAGUCGAGCAAUUUGGCAAGGUUUGUGUUUGGUAUCUAGGGCUUCCCUCGGCCAGCGGAAAUCGAAGUCGCGGAGAGCGCCAGAAAGCGCCUCGAAGGCCGUCUACCAACGUCGACCAUUACUCGUGUUUCAGUUGAGAUAUUUCAGUUCGAACCAUCCGACAUGGCCAGUCCAGCAGCAGGACCCUCCAAGCAGGAGAUCGAGUCGGUCUUCAGUCGCCUGCGCGCCCAGCCAGCUAACAAAUCCUGCUUCGACUGCGCUGCCAAGGCUCCCACCUGGUCCUCCGUUACCUAUGGCAUCUUCAUUUGCAUCGACUGUUCUGCCGUGCACCGCAACUUGGGCGUGCAUCUGACCUUCGUGCGCAGCACCAACCUGGACACCAACUGGACCUGGCUCCAGCUCCGCCAGAUGCAACUGGGCGGCAACGCGAACGCCGCGCAAUUCUUCCGCGCCCACAACUGCAGCACCACCGACGCCCAGGUCAAGUACAACUCGCGGGCGGCCCAGCUUUAUAGGGACAAGCUGUGUGCCCAGGCCCAGCAGGCCAUGAAGACGCACGGCACAAAGCUGCAUUUGGAACAGACGGACAAGAGCGAGGGCAACGAAGCCGCUAGGGAGGAGGACUUCUUUGCCCAGUGUGACAAUGAGGUGGACUUCAAUGUCCAGAACAACAAUGUCAGUAAGGAUCCAAACCCACCCACCGUUGCUCCGGUCAUCAGCGUUGAAACGCAACAAGGUGGCGCCCCCAGCGUGAAUCUGCUUAAUUCCGUGGUGCCGGCAGCAGUGCCGUCGUCCAUAGGCGCGCGAAAGGUGCAGCCGAAGAAGGGUGGACUGGGUGCUCGCAAAGUGGGCGGUCUUGGAGCCACGAAAGUUAAGACUAACUUCGCAGACAUCGAGGCCCGUGCCAACGCGGCUAACGAGAUGAAGACAUCAGCUGCAGCAGCACCUGUGGUCAAGCCACAGACGGCCGAGGACGAACUAGAGACGGUGGCCAGCAUGCGAUUGGCAUACCAAGAACUCUCCAUGCAGAAGACCCGCGAGGAGGCCAAGCUUAAGACCAUGGACCCUGCUAAGGCUAAACAGAUGGAGCGGCUGGGCAUGGGCUUCAACCUGCGAGGCUCCGACAUGGCCCACUCCGCUCUCGGCGAUAUGGAGACUAUUCAGCAGUCGGCCGCCCCUAAAGCAAAACUCUCCUUAUUGGAAAGCGAGAAUUUUUUCACUGACUUUUCCCUAUACGGAAAUAGUAGCAGCGGUGGAGGAGGAGGAGGAUCUAGCGAAAAGCGGGAGAGCUCAGUUGGCGGAACAAGCAAGCUUGAUAAGUUUGAACUUGAUGCGCUGGGCUACGAGACAAUUGAGCCUAUUGGGGGUAGCCACAGCAAUAUCACGUCCAUGUUUUCUCGCAGCAAUGACUAUGACAAACCCAAAACGUCGGCGCCCGUUAAGAAGAAUAGUGGUUCAUCGCAAACCCACACCAAAGGAGGAACGAGCACAGAUCCCGUGAUCGCCCAGCAAAAGUUCGGCAACUCCAAGGGUUUCGGCUCCGACCAGUACUUCGCCAGCGAACAGUCUUCGGCCGAUGUAAGCGCAAGCUUGAACCGCUUCCAGGGAUCGCGAGCCAUAUCUUCGUCGGACUAUUUUGGGGACGGCUCCCCUGGUGGCACUGGGGGCAAUAGGGCAUCUUCGGUCAACUUCAGUGCACCGGACCUGGAUGUGGAAAGCGUAAAAGAAAGCGUACGCCAGGGUGUACACAAAGUGGCCGGCCGUCUGAGCAACCUGGCCAAUGAUGUGAUGACCUCGUGGCAAGACAAGUACGGUUACUGAUAUCAGCGAAACACCCAUGGUGACCCGCAAAGCAGCGCUGGCAUGAGAAGCAGCAGCAGCGUCAUCAGAGAGCAGUCUAGUAAUAACGUUUUUAUAUAUUAGCUGUCGCGAUUAUGCAGAAAGUUUUCAAGGACUCCAAGCCGAUAGCCACGUAGUCUUGUUACAGAGGAGCAACCACUUCACAUGCCUCAUAUCGUUCUUGUAUACACAAAUAGCAGAAACAGAAGAAUCUAAAACAAAAUUGAAGCGGUAGAGCCAGCUGUACAAUACGCGUAGUGUCUUUUAAAUAUACAUAAAUACACCAUUCAGAUUAAGAAUGUAACCAUGUGCAUUAAGUCUGUGCACUUUUUUCUAAGUUCGAUUGUUUUACUUUGUUUUUAUCCAUUGCAGACUAUAUGUGCACCUAUGUUUUGAAAUUACAAUUUGCAUUUCGGCUGGGCAGCUUUUAAUUUUUUCCGUUUAUCAUCAACUUAAGCAAAGAGUGUGACAUAAAUAAACUAACUGCAUAGCAAACAUUCCUGUGUUGAGGAGUAUAGAAAAUAUCAUUUUAAAUUUAACUUGAACGUUAUAACGUCGGCAUUUAACUGGAUUGAAAAAGUUAUGAAUAUAUAAAUACAACUAUUUAGAGCAU